ACAGCAGUGGGUUCGAGGACACAAAUCACUGUGUUUGGUACACUUGCUUUGCACCGAAUUACACCAAAAACCUAAUCCAAAUCUAGGACUUUUAAAAAAAGAAUAAUUUAAAAAAAAUGAUGUUUCUCAGAUGUCUGUCAAUCACCUUGGUCACAGUGGCAUUUCUGACCCGUAUGCAAGCAACGGCAAUGGAUUCACAAGAAACCGAUAGGCGUGUUUCCGUGUGUCCAGCAGAUGGAGUGUAUCCAAAUUACUACAAUUGCUCAACUUUCAUUACCUGUUCGAACGGUAUUCAAUAUGUGAUGGCUUGCCCGGAAGGACUCAUAUGGAACGUAGAUACGAACGCUUGUGACUGGCCUUACAAUGCAGAAUGUGUUGCCUAUCCACGGAAUAUCAAUUUAGACGGAUAGAGAUAUAGACUACUGGGUUGUCGAACGCUUCUAUAUAUUAAUCAGCAUUUAUUAUUACCGGGAUCUAAAUUUAGUUUCUGGAUUAAGAAAAGUAACAAGAUACAAAAUUUUCCUCCUGUAGUCUAUUUUUAAGAAUGUAUUAUUGUAAUUUUGUGAGUCGUUGUGGUCCAAUACCACGAAAUCUAUUAGCCUACCUUCCCUUAUGUUAUGUAAUAUUAAUCUAUAGUCCAAUAAACAGCAUUAGAAAUCUG